GGUCUCCAUGCCCUGUUUACGGACAGCAACUUGGACCCGGUGGAGGUGGCGAAGGCGAAGCAGGGCCAGACGUCGGACUACCCUAACGGCAUCCCAGAGUGCGGCACGGACGCUCUGCGCUUCGCCCUGUGCGCCUACACCAGCCAAGGUAGGGAUAUCAACCUGGAUGUCAACCGUAUCCUGGGCUACCGUCACUUCUGCAACAAACUGUGGAACGCUGUGAAGUUUGCCAUGAAGACGCUCGGAGAAAACUUUGUGCCGUCAGAGAAAGCCCUGCUGUGUGGAGAGGAGAGUGUGUCAGACCGGUGGAUUUUGUCUCGCCUCAGUGCUGCUGUCGCUCUCUGCGAUGCCGGCUUCAAGGCCUACGAGUUCCCCGCCAUCACCACCGCCAUCUACAACUUCUGGCUGUACGAGCUCUGUGACGUCUACCUGGAGAGUGUGAAGCCGGUGCUGAGCAGAGCGGAGGAGGACAGCAGCAGCCAGAGGCAGGCGCUGGUGUGCAGACAGACGCUCUACACCUGUCUGGACGUCGGUCUGCGGCUCCUGUCUCCCAUCAUGCCCUUCGUCGGCGAGGAGCUCUACCAGAGGUUACCACGACGACGACCUCAGAGUGACCCCCCCAGCAUCACCGUCACUUUGUACCCCGAUUCAGAGGAGGUGAGGGUGGUUAAGAACGAAUUGAUGUAUAAACACAGCGAAUAUGGGUCAUUGGAAGUGUUUGGAUUUUAGCGGGGAGAAAGUCAG